AUGGCGCUUCGAUCCAUUCAGAGCCAUCGGCGGGAGGAACCGUAUCUUGUCGGCAGCCAGGAGCCGUAUAGCUCUUCUGCAUCCAUGGCGUCGGCAUCUGCAGGCGACAAGAUGGCAUCCAACACUCGCAGAGUUUCCUUUGUUACCGACGACAGCUGCUCGUGCGAUUCGGGAUCAGCGCAGGAUCCGCUCGACUUGCAGUCGUACACAUGGCAGUCGCAGCCGCAGCUGUAUCCAGGCCUCGACCAGCACAUUAGCUUUGGUCAGUCGCAACAAGCUGCUCUGUUCGAUACGAGUUUGCAGCAGCACUCGCAGCAGCUGCAAUUCAGCAACCAGCAAGACCUGGCUAGCGGCGGUGCGCGCUGCUUUCGAACAGCGCCGGAACAGUCGCCUUCGCUGCAGUCACACUUCUCUUCGACGCAGAACGAGACCGACUCGCUGUUGGCACACAUAGCUUCGUCUCUGGGCUUGCCCCCAGCAGCACAGUCCAGGGAGUUGCAACAACAACAAGAACAACAACAACACGUGAGCCUUGGCGCGCAACGCCAGGAUUCCGGCUUGGCGCCUCUGGUCAAUGCAGAUGCAGGUGGUGCUGCGGUGCGGGGGUCGGGUCAGCAGGAGUGGCUUGCGAACGUGCACCCUCCCGCAUCUAGCGCUGAACCUGCAGGGUGGCAGUCGUCUACAGCAUUUAUGCAGAGGCCUGUCGCUGCGCCCUUUGCGGGUGCUGACGACGGCGGCAGAUCGGGCCCAGCCCUUGUGCAGAGAACAAAGAGACGUUUUGGUGCAACGUGCGAUCAUUGCAGGGACGCACACCUCCGCUGCGAUCUGCCGACGCGCUCCACCUUGUCGGCAACGAACACAUCGUCAGAGUCUCCCUCGAACCAAACCGAGGUAAUGUCGUGCUCGAGAUGCCAAGCAAAGGGACUGGUGUGCACCAUGACACCCUCGCGGCUCUCGAAACGCAACUCAGCGUACACUCGGUCCGGAACGGCGAUCCAGAAGGCACGCAGUCUGCAUGGAUCCUUGGGGCCUUCUGCGCACGCCUGGUCCAGGCAAACAGUCCAGGAGCAAGCGGCUGCUUUGAUCAAAGCGGUGUGUUCCGCGACGUCGCUGCAAACCACAGCAUUCCAGAUGACGGACCGGGUCAUGGCGCGGUCGUUGACGGUGCGCCUGCUCAACUGCUACUUUGCCGUCUGCCAUGUGCAGCUGCCCAUCAUCGACUUUGUCCAGUUCCGCACCACGUUCAAUGCAGCUGAUGGCGAUCCGCGCAGGAUGUCGUUCCUCGCCAACGGUGGCGAUGCACAGCAGGAACAAGGUCCCGAGAGACGGCUGAGCAAGAUCGGCACGCCAGGCAGCACGGAAGCGCUCUUGGCGGUCCUGGUUGCCUGGGCCGCACGGUACACGGAUGCACCCGUUGCAUUCGGCACGGCUGCAACGGCAGGCACCGCAGGCACCGCAGGCACCGCAGGCACGGCGAGCACGGCGAGCAAAGACGCUGCGUCAAGUUCUGCCCCGGAAUCUGCAGCGCCUCGGCUCAAACGAAAACGCAAGCGCGGUGUAGCGUGUGAUUCAUGCCGACUGCGACGGGUGCGGUGCGAUAUCACCGAGAUGGCUCCUGGUGCGAGCUGUACGCGAUGCCUUGAAAAGGGGAUCUACUGCACGGACGAGUAUAUACGAUCGGCGCGAGCCAAGCUGCACUCGAAAGCUGCCCAUAGCAACAGCGGCAGCGGCGAUGAAAUGGCCUACAUCCUCGCGAGGGCCUUUGGUGCGUUUUCAGACGACACCCCUUCAUCGACCAGCUCCGUCAGCCCGAGCACGUGGAUAGCGACUACAAACACGGUCGACGGCUUGACGUCGGUUGCGCAGGCUCCUACGGCGUGGCGUCGAGGAGCGGACCGAAAGCCGUUCUGCCUCGCGCUGUUGCACCAUGCGCUCGGCCUGGUGAACAAGCACGAGCUGGUCCACAAGCCGAGCGUCGAGAGCAUCCAGGUGCUGACGCUGCUCUCGUCGCUGCUCGAGUCGGUUGACGUGGCGCAGAGCCAGGUGUUUAUCAAGGCGGCCUGUAGCCAUGUGGAACAGCUCGGGUUGACGGUGCAACUUGCCGUGGACGCAAACGAUCGCGGGGGCGUUGAGAACAUGUUCAGGGUCCUGCAGACGCAUCGCAUCUACACGGUGCCCUGGUGCAUCGAUGCGAUCGCAUCUAUGUUGCUGCGCCGUCCGCCGUGCUUUGCUCAUGAUUGGAUCAUCAAGGUCGACGGCAGUCAUCCUCAGCAGCAGCAGCAGCAGCAAGGGGAAACGCCGUUGAAAGGCACGCAAGCGAGCGGCAUGACGCAAACAAUGGGGGUCGGGUUUGGCAUCAUGGCCAUGCUGCAACUCGGCGCGAUUGCACGCUUCAUUGGCAAGCACGUCGGCGCGCUGACGCCAGCGGAUCCGGUGGCGACGCAGGUGCAGCAAGCGCGCACGCUGCAACGCGCCUGCCGGACCGUCUGGACGAGCGUGGACAGUCUGAUGCAGCUCUUCGACCGCAGCGCCUGUCGGGUAGAGAUGGCACUCGAAUCCAUGCCAGCACUGCACCCGCUCGGGUGGGUCAGCACGGCCAAGGUGCUCGCGUCGCUGCUGUACCUUAGCGUGGUGCGAGCGCUGACAGAACAGUGCGGGCUGCUGGCCUCGCAGCAGCAGACUUCGGCCGAGGCGGUGGCUGCGCUCGAGACGUUGCAAUCGUUGCAUGCAGAAGCCAUGCAGCUUGCGGUCGAAUCGUGCCGCCGGACCAGCCAUCUGAUAAAGAGGAUCCUGCCGCUCGGCAUCAUCCAGCUUCGCGGCGGCACGUUCAAGCAGAUCCCGCACCUGGCCAAGUUCUUGGCCCAAGUGCCCACCGUCGCCGACGCCGAAGGGGACAAGCAGCAUCAGCAGCGGUCGUCACCUGCGGGUGACAUAAUGCCUUCGCCGAACCUGCGGCAGGGAGAUGUGCUGCGGCAGGUCGAGAGCAUCGGGUGUGUUCCUCUGGCACCAUUUACGAAAGCAGCAAAGGCGAGAGAGGUCGGGUGGCUCGUCGCGGCUCUUUCGCAGCUGGGAUAUGCGUGGGAUGAGAUGCCAGACGAGGCGAACAGCGUUCAGAAUCUUCUUCACAUGCAGGGUCUGUAG